AUGUCUGAGCGUGAUGAGGAUGAAGUUGAUCGACUGAGUUUGAGCAUUGGUGAUGAGCAUGAGAGCGUGGCGCAAAGUGACGAUGAGCGAAGUGAUGCGGGUGCGGGUGUUGUUGUGUCUGGUCCUGCACCUGUGCGUGGUUCAGCGAAACGGCGUGAUGACAGAGAUCGCGUGACGGCUCCGGUGCUGACGAAAUACGAGAGGGCCCGCAUCCUUGGGACACGUGCAUUGCAGAUUAGUAUGAAUGCUCCUGUGUUAGUUGCAUUGGAGGGUGAGACGGACCCGUUGACUAUUGCGCAGAAAGAGCUCCGUGAAGGUGUCAUUCCGCUCAUUAUUCGGCGUGUGCUUCCAGACAAUACGUACGAGGACUGGCGGAUCUGUGAGUUGGAUGUGGAUUUCGACAGGCCUGUGGACGAGCGCUACACAAACAUCUGA